CAACUUCAAUAAUAUACACUCAAUCCAUCCUUGGUCUAGUCCUAUAAAAGAGGUUGCUAGUAACUGGGUUGAGGAGGUCAGAUAGGCAGUCGCUCCUUGUAAAACACUGGUAUUCAGCUGCAUCCCGUUAGACUGGAAGCCGACCCCUUUGGUAAGACUGGUUGUCAGAAACAUGUACACAGCGGAAUACUCGAUAUAUCGAGAGGAACCGGGUGUUAUCACUAGACUUGUGUCUGGUUUGUGGAAAGCUGUGAUAAGAUGCGGAAAGGCGUUUUGUGAGGAAACCAGCAUGCAUGGUUUUUAUCACAUUGCGGCUCCUCGAAGGCAUAUGAUAGAGAGGAUCCUAUGGGUAGCAGCCACAGCUCUGGCCAUCUGGGGCGCCCUAGAUGUUUCCCUGGGCCAGCUGCAGAGGUACAACGAUUCUCCAACCGUGGUGACCUUGGAAAAAGACUUCAGAUCCUGGCGGUUUAACGUACCUGCUGUCACCAUGUGCUAUAAGAAUCGAGUGGACCCAGCAAAAUUGCCAGCAGCAAUCGAAAAACACUUCGACACAACGCCAUCUGACGACAAUUAUGAUUACUACAUCCGUUUGGUUGAAGCCAUUGCUAACUCCGACCUAUUCCAUCUGGAAGCUUUUGAGGAGUUCAGUAGUUUGGAGACCAGCCUCGAUAUGUUUCAGAUUGCUGUUGAUGUCAUGCAUGACUGCGAUGUUAAAAUGCGAUCGUCUGACGAAGCUGUGUAUAAAUGGAUCCCAGUUAUGACGGAGAGCGGUGUUUGUUACUCCACAAACUCUGUGGCCUUAGCUGAUGUGGCUAUCACGAAAGUGAACCCUAACGACAGUAUGAGCUGGCCGGAGACGUGUAAAUAUUCGUCUCUUAGCUGCUACAUCAUCAUGGAUGUACCUUCCACAGCUUAUUUCUACGUUCACUCUCCAUAUGACGUGAUGGACCUAACGCACAAGCCUUCAGAAGUCAUUCUGACACUCGUAAGGAACACGGAACUGAGUGUCACUGAGACCCGCUGUGGCCGAGGAGUUGAAGAGUUGCAGCCAUCGCGAAGAGGUUGCCUGUAUACUGAUGAGCCAGCUGUUAGUGGGAGAAAGGUCCACAGCACAAAUACGUGUCGUUUGGCGUGCAGAAGCAAACUGGCGAAGGAAUACUGCGGCUGCGUACCUUUCUACUACUUUUACGAAGAGGGUCCCCCCUGCACUCCUAAAGGCAUGUGGUGCUUAGCCAGCUUCAAGCAGAAGUUAUCUAAUAACAACGGUGAGAAGUGUGCGUGUUCACCGCAGUGCAUCGACUGCAUUUACAAGGAGAUAUCUACAGCUGAUCAGAUCUGGUGA